CAGAGUAACUACUUAAAACAUGUCUACAAUCAGUUUGAACAACUCAUGUAAUGAAAACCUUCAAGGAACGUCCGCAGAACUCUUUCUGACGCUACUAAAUACUUUGAUGGCUGCCAGGUGCUCGUUGGGAAACCCCAAAAAUUACCCUGAAGAUUUCGGACCAGAUAUAAGAGACGGAGAUGAAUUUGAUUUUAUCGUAAUCGGUGGAGGUUCUGCAGGAUCCGUGGUGGCCAACAAAUUGAGCGAAAAUCGGAAUUGGAAAGUUUUGGUACUAGAAGCUGGUGGACUGCCAUCUGCUACUAGUGAUAUACCAGCGCUGCUUUUCCACCUUCAAGGAACACAAGAAGAUUGGGCUUACAAAACAGAACCACAAAAAAGCAGCUGUUUGUCAAUGAAAAACAAACAAUGCAAGUGGCCGCGAGGUAAGGCACUUGGAGGAAGUAGCGUUUUAAAUGCCAUGUUGUACGUCAAAGGAAAUAAAGGAGACUACGACCACUGGGCAGAACUCGGCAACACUGGGUGGGACUGGGACAACAUUAAGAAAUAUUUUACGGAACUGGAGAAAGUGCUACCGCCAGAAUCUGAAAACACGCUGUUGGGAACUAAGGGACUGUUGACUUUGACUAAAAAAUCUUCAAAUGAACCAAUCAAAAUUUCACUACAAGAAGCCUAUGAACAAAUGAGAAUAAAAUAUUUAAAAGAGCAGAAUCCCGAAAAACCAAUCGGCACCGUAGAUGUGCCCAUGUGCAUCGAAAAAGGACAAAGAGCUAACACAGGAAAAAAGAUAUUGGGCAACUAUCAAAACAGACAUAACCUCUUAAUCUCGUUGCGUUCCUUCGUCCAAAAAAUAACAAUCAAAGAAAAAGUAGCAAGAGGCGUAGAAGUGGAGAUAGGAGGCAAAUUAAUAAAAUUGAAAGCUAAAAAGGAGGUGAUCGUAUCUGGAGGUGCCAUUAAUUCACCGCAAUUAUUGAUGUUAUCCGGAAUUGGACCUAAAGAGCAUUUGCAAAGCCUUGGAAUAGACGUGGUGGAAGAUUUGCCAGUCGGACGGUUUAUGCAGGACCAUUUGGUAUCUUUUCAAGAAAUAAAAUUGUCUUUGGACGCUAUUCAGUAUCCGAAAGGACCUGCUGAUCCUCUGUAUGAAUAUUUUAUGCGUCAAGAAGGCCCCCUUGCUUCUAUCUCCCUUACGAACUUCUUGAGCUUCUUUAACACCAAAAACGAUUCGAUGUGGCCCAACUGUGGUUUCCACUAUCUUUUAUUCCCUCCAAACGACCAGCUACUUAGCACUGCCGUUAGCCGGGGUGUAGGAUUUAUUGACAGUAUAGCGGCCACCAGAAGCAAUGAAUGCAAAUUGAAUCCUUGUCUAUUGACGAUUCCUACCCUGCUCACUCCUAAAUCCAUGGGACGGAUUAUGUUGAAGAGCAAAAACCCUCGAGAUUAUCCACUGAUUUAUUCGGGAUAUUUGACCGACGAAGCUGAUGAGGAUAUGGCAGUUAUGAUAGAAGCAAUUAGAUUCAACGAAAGGUUAAUCCAAACUCCGGCUUUCCAAAAACACAACCCCGAAGUCAUCAGAUACCCAAUACCAGAGUGUGACAAGUUGAAAUACGGAAGUGACGCAUAUUGGGAAUGCUUUAUGAGGAACGUGGCUACCACUUUGUAUCAUCCAACUAGUACUUGCAGGAUGGGUGUCAGAAAAAAUAAUUCCGUAGUGGAUCCGAGAUUACGGGUUCAUGGUGUUAAGAAAUUGAGGGUGGCCGAUGCCAGUAUUAUGCCGAAAGUGAUUAGCGGUAAUACGCAUGCGCCUAGUAUGAUGAUUGGAUUCAAGGCUAGUGAUAUGAUUAAGGAAGAUUGGUUUGAAUGACAUCUCGAUGUAUGAUAGGCAAUUUAGUUUAAGUGUGACAUUUAGGAAUAAAAGGUGACGUGAUAGUUUUAUGAAUUUUAAACUGACUUCAAAAAAGGAGGAGGUUCUCAAUUCGUCUGUAUAUUUUUUUAUGUGUGUCCGAUAUCAAUGAUUCUUUUUUUGUUAGAAAGGGGGUACUUCAGGGGUGGUCCCAUAUAAAUUUAGUUAAGAUGUGGAUAUGGCAUCUGCACGAUUUUGAAGUCGGU